CACGAUUGCGGCCCUACAUCGUGCGGCUAUUUUCGACAGGCAUAUCGCCACUCGUUACAGUUCUCCGUACGACCGCUCCACAACGGGUUCCCCAUCGGCGACGACUCCUCGGGCCAAACAGCGAACAAAGACACGGGGACGCGCUGUUUACGCCGCGAGCAACAAAAGCAACUCCGCUGGUCGUGGCGGCUCCUCGGAGAGACCUGCUGCUCCUCUUCUCUCUAGAUCGCGCUUGCCACUCCUUCGUCACGUUCGCGUUGUUCAAGUUUUCCUAAAAUGAACGUUUAUUUCGUAUUCAGUUAGGUGCGUAACCUAAUGACCGAGCCACAGUGAGAAGAAGUGUGAUAGUUUUUAACGUGGUACCCGGUUGAAGUCUCGAGAUUCUCCUCGCCGAGUGACCUCAAGUCUAGUCUCGCGACUUUCUCCCACUAUCUGGAGAGUUAGACCUAGAUCUAGGUCUCUCUACUGCGUAGCAAGCGUGCUUCCACGAGGAUGGUUGACAAAAACACGCAGGUCAGAGCCUCUUCUACGUUUCUUCGGCGAUGGUAGUGAUUACUCGGUACGGCGUCGGUGCUACGUAGAAUACCCAACAGACAGGACAGAGGAUGUUCAGCUCGCUGAGACUGACCACCAUGCGCUCGCACAAGAACCGUGCUCGGCCAGGAAGCGUGGCCACGUCCGCCAGCUCCGACUCGGCACGACCCGACGAGAUCUCGCCCCAAUCCUAUCACACGCACAGUUUCCUGCUGCUGGACGAUCAAGAUAGUCCUGUGUCCACUCCUUCCAGCGUAUCGUCCAAGGUCGCCCAAGUGAGGGUGGAACGUGAAGGGGGAAGUCUUGGAGUUACUCUGAGAGGCGGUGUUUCACGAGCUCUGGUGGUCACCGGGGUGAAGUCUGACGGACCAGCGGCGAAAGAGGGAAGAGUCAGGCCCGGGGACAGGUUAUUGGCUGUUGACGACACCGAACUGAGGGGUCUGACAUUGGCGGAGGCGCAGAGAGCGCUCAGGAGGAGCUCUGAUGCUCCUGUCGCUUCUUUGACCAUUGAGUAUGACGUUGCCAACAUGGAAGAGGCCAGGGCAGCUACUUCCGGUCCUCUUCUAGUGCAAUUGGAACGUGGACUCUCCGGAGAACUGGGCCUAACGGUAAGAGAGACGCCAAACGGAGUCUACAUUGAAAGUCUAAGACCAGCAAGCACGGCAGACCGAUGCGGCGCCUUGCAACCUGGUGACAAACUACUUGCUGUGGACGAAACUCCCGUCCAGGAUGCAGUGACGGCUGCCAAACUUCUCAGAAAUAACUUCGACUCUCGCAUAGCCAGGCUGCAGAUUUUACCUAGGCCUCCGAGUGUUUCACAGAGGACUGUGAAGAGGAGAGCGCAGCCACAGGCGCAGCAAACCUCUAGUCAGACUUUGCAAACGAAAGAGAGCCUGACCGUGGUUCUUAGGCCCGAUCACAAGGGAUUUGGACUUGCCCUGAAGCUCGCCGAAGAUCAUCUAAAUUACAUCGUCAAUCUGUUAGAGGCUGGAGGACCGGCUGAACGCAGUGGAGUUCUUCUGCCUGGAGACAAGGUGCUUGCGAUUAAUCGCAGAAUGCUCAGAGAUCUUCAGCCAGCCGAGGUGACUGGCAUUUUGGAAAAUUCUCAAGUGAUUGAAUUAGUGACGGAGUAUAAGGUCGGUGGUCCAGUUGUUCCCAGUUCAGGAGUGUUCACAGUGCGAGUAGCAAGACCGAUAGGUGGACAGCCCGAUGUAGGUCUCACAGUAAACGAGGAUCUGAUCAUUACGGAGGUUCGCAAGGGAUCUUUAGCUUACAGAACCGGUAGCCUAGCUCCAGGAGACAGGCUACUGGCUAUAGACGGGCAAAAACUAGACCCUGGCGACCUCAGACAAGCCGCACAGCUGUUACAUCGUCCAGGGAGCUCGGUUAUCGCCCUGACCGUGAGGAAACCGGAUCCUACCUCGGAAACCAGAGAAUACUGCAAGGAUUCCAGUAUAGGAAGCGAUUCGGUGCAACAGUAUCCUUCGGGGAUUCUUCGGCCAGCUAGGGAGAGUCUACCCAGUGUAGACAGCGCAGUGGAUUCUUGGGGAGAGCUAGGGGAAAACAGUGGAACAGGUCCGGAGAUUUUGAGGCUCUGGGAUACAGCUUCAGUGGAUAGCGGUCAACUGGAUCUACACAUGCCUCCUUAUUCUGCGCCACAGGAAUGCAACAAUCCAGAUAGACCCCAACAGAUAGUUCACGUCUCCUUGCACAAGGACCCAGUGUACGAGGACUUUGGCUUUUCUGUGUCCGAUGGUCUGUACGAGCGUGGAGUUUAUAUAAACCGUCUUCGACCUGGGGGACCCUGUGACGGCGUUCUCAAGCCUUAUGACAGAAUUCUACGCGUAAAUGAAGCCAGCACGGAGGACUGUGACUGUUGCUUGGCUGUCCCGUUGAUCGCUGCGGCCGGUCCACGUUUGGAUCUCACUAUAGCCCGGCCGGUAUCUCCUCCUAAUAUCAUGAAAACUCUGUGAAGGAGAACAAGCGGACGUGACGGUACGGUGUAACAAAGGAAAACGGUGGUGAACAUAUCUGGUAUAUUUUUGUACACACCUGUAUUUUAUUUAUAAAAAUAAAUGUAUAGAUUGCUUUCAGCUA